AUUGACGAAGGGUAUCUCUCUUUGUUCAUUAUCAAAAGUAACUAUUCAGGAUCACGGACAUAUAAUAAUUGCGUCUGGUAAAACAUGGAUUCCUUCUUCAGAAUGCGCCGUUCAUCCCACACUCCGAGCCACAGUAAUCAGGAACCUCUAAUAGUUGUGGAAGAAACGGAAAAUUGUGAAAAGGAUGAUGAAAUAAGUAAUCAAUCAUCACCUCGACAAAGUCUAGAUAUAGAAUCGCCUGAAAAUCCAUAUUUACUUUCUCCAUGGCGUGAUCCGCGCGAAACACGUAAGCAUUCCUUACCAACACCACCAUGCACAAGCGGUAUCACGGCUAGUCAAGUACGUCGACUAUCGGAACGUGGAGGUGAAGGAUCAGGACCUUCUCCUCGUGAGCAAGCAUUCCUUGCAACACUAUAUAGUUCACCAGCUCCACAGCCAGGUGGCCGUAGGCAUUCUGUAGUUACCAUUAGCCGGGUCCCCCCUACGAUUUUUGGACGUAAUCGGAGGGAAUCAAUUGCAGCACUUCCUGCUGGACAAAGGUCCACAGUAAGCUCUCGCCGAGAAAGCAACACAGGCCCUCCGCCAUCAACAGAUCAUAGAGGUAGUAUACAUAAUUUACAAUUAGAUAUUAUGGAUGACAUAGUACAAGCUAGAAAGGCACGUAUGAAGUUAUGGAACACUAGUAAUGAAAAAGUAUGCGAAGUUCAAACACUGGAUGAAGCUGGUGCUGGUUCUAGUUCACCGAUGAGGUACACCAAUAGACGGUAUUCGGACUUUGUCGGCACAUCAUUACCGCCAAUACAAUCAUUCAGGCGCGCAUCUGAAAUGCCUGUUUCGCCGUCAACUCCACUACCACCAGCAACAGCGUCAUCAAAAAGCACUAUUGCGUCGCCAAAAUCAAUGCAACCUAAAUCAGGAAUAGUCUGUACCAAUACUGAUCUAAUAUCUCUUCUAUCGUCUUUAGCUUCAUCGGCAACAGAAAUAAAUAGAUGUGGUGACAAAGAUUUGCCAACUCCCCAAACUCCUCAAUCAUCAUCAUCAUCAUCUUCAUUUAAAUCUAUCAAAAAAACUUUUCCAGAGCAAAAACGUGAGACAAUCCAAAAAAAGAAUCGGUCCAACAGUUUCGACAUUUCCUUGUAUCACAAUAUUAAGCAAUUUGCAACCGGAUCGGCCUCUAGCCCAGCGGAAACAAAGUCUUCUGUGGAGCCAGGUUGGUUUACUAAGAGACAUCAACCGAUAACUCGCCGUAAAUCCCUAAAAUCACCUGGUGCAACGGUUUCAUUUGCAAAAGAAGCAAUAGAUGUACUUCGCGACAAACCUGAUUCAAAACGCGAAGAAAUUAAACCCAAGACAAAAGAAUCUAAAUCACCACUUAGUAAAUUAAAAUGGGACGGUAGAAGUGCUAUCGUUGACGCACGCAUGAUAGGCCAUGCAAUUGAGAGCUUCAUCACAGGCUCUUCGAGUUCGUCGAAAAAGUCUUCCAAUUCUAAGGACGGUGGAGCCAAAUUGUCAAAAAAAUCAUCAUCUUCGAACUGGUUUGGAAAGGCAGACGAUGAUGACUCGAAUGAUGCAUGCGAUUCUUCUCUUUGUACAACACUCAAAGAUUUGUUCGUAAAGUAA